AUGGAGGGGUCUAGAGACGGGCCCCCCAGACAGCCCCGCCGCCCCAAGAGAUCCUGGAGCCCCGUGGAGGCGUCGGGCAGCCCGGCUCGCGCCAAACGCAGCAGCACCUCGACCGCCCGUCAGCCGUGCGAACAUCCGGGACACCACACUGUUCCGGUGGACGAGGCGCGCGGAGGACACGGAGAAAGCUGCCGGAUAGCAGGAGGGAAACCCAUCAAAUACUCCAAAAAAACGCAACAAACGGAGAGGGAGAAACUGAGGAGGGAUCUGAAAUGGCUUCGGCAAAGGGCAAAAGAUGCCACGGACCACUGUGAGAGUAUCCUCGUCAAUGUGAUCGACUCCCUCCAGAGAGGCUACUGCAAAGUGAAGGAGAUCAUUGAAGCCCGGGAGCCGGAGGCCGCGGCCCAGAUUCAGCACUCCCUGCAGAGCCCGGAGCUUCAGAUGGGGGAGACGAGGAAGAGAGACGUCGAGCCCCACCACCUGGCAAACAGACACUUGGGUGAUGCUUGUGUCAUGCAGAACCACCCCUCUCGUGCGCCGCUCAGUGAAUCUGAACGUGCUCCAGCAGUUUCAGAGGAGCCGUUCACUCAGCUCUUAGAACCAAUAGAGGAGGCCGUUGAAAGUUUGGGAGGCGACUGGAGGACCUCUGUGAUGAGGAAAUCCCCACAAUCUGCCAAACUGUUCACGCCAACCGAGCUUCACACUGUCCUUGGAUCUUUUGUCCGCCUCUCAGAUGCAUAUGAACUUACCCUGGACCAGAACACGGCCCACAAGUGCCUGGAUGUGUCUAAUGGAGACAAAGAAGUGCAAAGGAGUCCUCCGAAAGAGUGCAGACAGGUUUUGCCCACCCCCGCCCGAUUUUCCCUCCGUGUACAGGUGCUCUGCAGGGAGGCGCUGCCGGCGGGCCGCUGCUACUACGAGGUGGAGGUGGAUGGAGACCAGGCUGAGAUUGGCCUGACAUACAAAGGAAUACACAGAAAAUCCCUCACGUCGUCAUCGGCCUUUGGAGGUAACGACAAGUCCUGGAGUCUGGAUUGUUCCAAUGGCUAUUCGGUGAGCCACAGAGACAAGGUCGUCCAGCUGACAGCAGCCCGCCGCCAUAGAAGAAUUGGGGUAUUUCUGAAAUCCAGAGAGGGUACUCUGUCAUUUUAUGAGGUCUCGGAGGUCGUUGAGCUCCUCUACACGGUGGAAACCACGUUCGAGGAGCCUCUGUAUGCAGGAUUCAGGCUGGGAGAGAAUUGCCGUAUCAGGCUAUGUGAUCAGAGACGGGAGGAACCAUAA